AUGGCUUUAGAAGUCUCGCUUUUCCUCCGGGUCUUGUCUUGGCCUUGUGCUGAGAGCAUCAAGGUGAAAAUAAGUUGUUCUACGAACUGGGUGAUUAUCUCAGAGCCCGUUUCAGAUGGUAGCUGCAACUGACAUAUAUUCCCUGAUGAAUUAUUUCUGGGAUGGGGCUGCCCUGUGACUCAGAUUCAAACUUAUAUAUAUGACUUGAUGUAUCCUGUUCAUGAUUGUGGCAUCAGGACAAAGAUCUCCAACAGUGCUGCGGACAGCUUGGUGCCCAGGCAGAGACUUGUUGCAGGGGUGCAGAUACCACAGAGAGCUGUACUGGCUGACCCCAGGACUGCAGAGCUACCAAUACGCUAUGCCAGUCUCGGAGACAGGAGAGGGCAACCUGGGUGA